AUGCAAAACUUAAUCAACUACUCCAACAUUACAGCUUUAAAUCUGGCAAAACAAUUUACAACCAGAUUAUUGAAACAGGAAAAGUUUCAAAAGAAUAGAAACAAGGAGAAAUUCAUCCAAUUCCUAAAUCCAAAGACUGAAUAG